CAGCUCGUCAGCAGGCAGUGUGACCGUGUCUCACGCUUAUGCAUUAUGAAACUGUUGUUAGCUUAGAUAUUUAUAAUACUUUGCUAGAUCGGGCAGCGGAGACGUACAUGCCGCAUCUGCUUUGAUUUACAGUCCGAUUAGUCAAGCUUAUUUACAGGUGGUACUGUAGUAACUGAUCGUUCAAAUUCUUUGUGUUUCAAUCUCAGCGAAUCGCUUCAUUUAUUUACAUUCGAAAUCGACUUUCCCUAGGCAACGAGUUUGGAGCAGAGCAAAUAACGAGAUUUCUGGAAGAAAUGAUGGCCCAACCUACCCGCUGAUAGAUGGACACCAAUUCUAUUGCAACACUGCCGAUGCAGACCGGGGAAUCGAAUAGCUGCAGUCUAGGGCAGAACGUUUGGGAGGUAUUACCUAGAGUGUCAAAGACAGCCAUCAAUUACCUUCUGACUUUGGCCACGCUGCACACCUGAUCAAAGCUGUCUUUGUGAUCAACUCGGCACGGUUCAAGGCAGGCUGUACGACGCAGGCUGAACGGCUGAUCUUCACACACAGUGAGAGACACUUAAACAUUUACACAGUGAGCAGCACAGCACAGGCUUGUGUCAGUGUCAGCUCCAUGCUGUUAUAGCGAGUAGGGGAAGGCGACAGACGCCAGUGUUAGCUCUUCAGGUUCAGAAGUCAGUGUUCGCAAGAAGAGGAAACAUCCAGAGCUGCAAGUCGCUGCGAAGCCGACAGGUCAAAUUCUUCGUUGGUAUUAUAGCUCGUUUGCAUCGUGUGGUGCCAGUGACACAGCAACAACACAAGGUGCUGGACGAAGAAGUGUGCUUACCCGUACUAGAGGGUCAUAGUCUGACACUGCAGAUGAGUGGUGCUAUGUGAUCAUGUGUACAGAUCUGAGCUCUCCACAGACGUGGUUACAUAUAGGACUUCACAUAGACGUGGGUAUAUAAAACUUCACAUAGACGUGGGUUUACAUAGAAGAACUCCACAGAGACGUGGUAAUAUAGCAUUCACCAUGGACAUGGCAUCACUAUAGCUCGGACUAAAACAGAUUUGACCAACCCAGAAAUCACUAGAAGUGGAAUCUACAAGCAGGUGUUGAAGAAUCCGCCACCGUGUGAAGUGAUACUCGUUAUGUCAGCAGUGGCCUCUAAAGCCGCCUGAAGCAUCAUCUCAUCACGUUAGCAGCUUCCCUGUCUAGUAGCAGUGUGAGAUAUCAGCUGUAGUUUGCUUUUGCUGCGACCAUCAUGCGAGAGGAAGACAUUGAGACUGCCAUUAAGGUGGUGAUUGUAGGCAACGGUGCUGUCGGCAAGUCGUCGAUGAUCCAGAGGUUCUGUAAAGGAAUCUUCACAAAGGAAUACAAAAAGACGAUAGGGGUGGACUUCCUGGAGCGACAGAUCACAGUAAAUGGUGAGGACGUUAGACUGAUGCUGUGGGACACGGCGGGACAGGAAGAGUUUGAUGCGAUCACGAAGGCUUACUAUAGAGGGGCGCAGGCUUGUGUACUCACAUUUUCAACUGUAGACCGAAACUCGUUCGACGCCAUAGAAAAGUGGAAGAAGAAGGUGGAAGCUGAAUGUGGCUAUGUGCCCAGUGUACUGGUACAGAAUAAGAUGGACUUGGUGGAACAGUCAGUAGUAAACAAGGAGGAGGCGGAAGCACUCGCUAAGCGACUGAAGCUGCGACUUUAUCGGACAUCUGUGAAGGAAAACCUACACGUCGACGAAGUUUUCAGGUAUCUGUCUGACAAAUACAUGUUACUGAUGAACAGCUGUGUAGAUGAUGGCCAAAUGCAGAGAAUCGGUGGACCAAACGUGUUCACGACGGGAAAUGGCAUCGAUAACAGAAAUGGCAAUGAAAAACAUCAGACCAUCCAACUGCACCCAAACAAGAGACGCACUCAGGGGAAGAAAUCGGUCAUUGGGAAAUGCUCUCUUCUGUGAUUUCUUGAAUAUUAUUCACUUUCCGGUGCAUUGGGGGCAAAAGUGCAAAUGUGGAUUCGCAUUUCCUUGUGCUCUGGGCAGGUCUGAUAUAGUCAGGGUAGUAGUCAUGCACAUAUAAAAGAGCUGUUCAACUGUUCGUCUCAUAUUGAAGGCUUUAGAUGUCAGUGAUAUGUGGCGCCCUCUGUGGCACAUUACAACUGCUGCAGUCCUUUAUCAUCUACGACUACUUCUAGGUGGAACGUGGAGUAAGGUAUAUUCACCUGUGAAUCGGUGGAUACAUGUUGCUUGCCUUAAUUACGUUCACCGAGUGCAACUGUGUGCUCUUAUAAACCAUGACCGAUAAAAAGCUGCGAUUUUCUGCCAUAUAGAACACAUUGCCGCCGCUUUUAUAAUAUGAUGAUUAAAUGUAUAAAAAUCAAUUAAAAAACUGUGUCUCAGUAUAUUAGAAAGAAGUUGCUUAGGAAAGGUUCUAGCCAUCUAGUGAUUAUGUCAGAAUGAUCGAUUUGAUGAAGUUAAUCAAACGUAAUGUCACGAUUGAGUUUGGUCAAGCGGUCUGCUGUAAUAUGCCAUUUAUUAUGGUGACCUGCAUUAGCUGGUCAAUAAUUUCUCAUAUUAUGGAUACUACUGUGGGUUAAUGUGUGUGGCACUAAGGAAUUAGUGAAUGCAUAGCACGUUUUAACAGGUGUGUACAAAUGGUGAUUGACAUUUUCACAUUCCAGCUUGUGUAAAACGCCAAUCACUUUUAAGUGGGUUGCAUGCAGCUGGAUAACUCCUAGUCAGGUGCAUGCAUUUAUUUAACCGAUAAUAUCUGAAUAGCUACUUUUCAAAAUUUAACUAUGUGUCGUGGUGAAUUUGAAUGCUGCUCCUAUUACUAUGACUUUAUUUUCGUGUCGACAGCAGUAAUCUCAUAUUGUACUGCAGUGUUAUUGCAGAAAUAUAUUUGUAAUGGUUAAAAGUAGUGACGAGGAAAUGGAACGAAAAUACGCCAUAGGUCCGUCCGUUUUUGCUAAGGAUAGGGGAGGGUUAUAUUUAUACACAGUCAUUCCACGCUGGAAUGUCGCUGAUAGUUUUUGAGAAUUUUUUUCAUGCGUUGAGACUCCUAUAGUAAUUUCAUACGAACGUGUUGUACCGUGUUAUAUCGAUAUAUAUAUAUAUAUGCAUUCGCAUGGAAGGUUCUUUAUCAGGAAUGCAUAAUAUAGAGUUUUCUACAUUCUGCACUCCUGCCUUUAUGUGUAACUACCUGCUUGCUUAGCCAUGUUACCUCUUUUAUAAGAUUCUGCCGAAACUUGCAUUCAUAGAGUUAUUUUUGCAUAAGUGUCUGUGUGAUUCUAUAUACUGUCAACAUGGUGCCGUGUUUCUCAGUAAUGACUGUUGUCAAAGAUUGGCGUGCUGUUGUUAUGCUUUUGUCACAGCUUGCCAAUUAUAUAGCGGCAUGACAUGCCAAACUCUAAUUAUGUAUCGUAUAUUUCUGUAUAUGUAUAUUUAUCUUGUGAUAUUUCAGUGAUGUGUGAUGUACGUAAGUAACGAUGUCAGUGCGAAGUCGCUAAUUUUCAAUGUCAACAAUUUUGUAUAUAAAUCUCAACUAUAUCAUGAAAUCAAGUUGAUUUGUUACGUGGCUGGUGGGCCAAGUGCUGAAGGGGUUGAGCAAUGGCCCAAGGUCAGGGAAGGACGAUAGGGGGAUAUAAAGCCAAGGCCCAAGGUCAGGGAAGGACGAUAGGGGGAUAUAAAGCCAAGGCCCAAGGUCAGGGAAGGACGAUAGGGAGAUAUAAAGCCAACGCCCAAGGUCAGGGAAGGACGAUAGGGUGAUAUGAAGCCAAGGCCCAAAGUCAGGGAAGGACGAUAGGGGGAUAUAAAGCCAACGCCCAAGGUAAGGAAAGGUCAAUGGGGGAGAUGAAACAAAGGCCAAGAGCAAAGGAAGGACGAUAGGGUGAUAUGAAGCCAAUGUCUGAGGUUAGGGAGGACGACGGGGGAUAGGAAGCCAGUUCCUAAGGUCAGGGGAGGACGACGGGGGAUCAUAGGAAGUGAUGCUUGUGGAGAAGAGAAGUCAAUUAAUCCGUUUUAAAAUGAAAGAAAAAUAACACUUAUUGUAUGAUCAAUUUAAUUAAUCAAAUUUUUAUCUGCCCCUGUCCUCAAUCAUCAGUGGCAUCAUAUAAUCCUAUAGUCUUGUUUGUUCUGAUAAAGAAUAUGUAACGCUGAGAGGAACAAGGAGUGGUGGUGGGGAGAGAGAGAUAAAGGAAAUGCGUUAGAAGAGUGAGGAAAAACAUGAUAGAGGAGUGAGACAACGCGUACUUGGCUUUCAUUGUUUCCGUCAUUAUUCGUUUUUCUUUGUCUCGAGAUAUUCCCCAAUAAUGUCGACUUUUUUGGUAGAACGCGGUGGUGUGACUGCAGCCAAUGUGGUGUUGUAAUGUCGUUGUACGGGAGCGCACGCCCAGCAUACUAAUCUCUAGAGAAUCUCAUCUGCAAAAUUGAUGGUGUCCUCUAAUCGUUACAUCGCCAAUCUCUAUGAUAUAACGCCCGCGUUUAUGUUGGAUUCCCACUCUUCCUUCCGUCCGCGCGUUAGCCCCCCCCCCCGCCAUCAUAUUCGUGGGGGAUAGCGAAUGAAUUUGUGCCGUGCAACCGUCACGUUUAGUAUCUAUUGAUACUGUAAAUUUAGUACGGCAACUAGAGGGAGAGGGGCGCAUUGCCUGACUAGCAGUAAUACAAGUAACUGCUGCUUUUCUCGUGUUCCAUACCCGGGUAGGUAUAUCAAUAUCAAGAGUAGAUAAUAGAGAUCUACUCUUAAUCAAUAUUGAUAUACCUGCUCUGUCUAUAUGCAGGCGCUGGCGGCGGUGGUGUUACCUGUCGGGCUAUGCAGUAGUGUGCUCACAGAUCGGAAAAAUAAUUCUAUAUCCUGACAGCAUCAUGAUGAAGCGAUGUUUGUAUCAAACGUUUGUACACAACUCGCCUGACAGGUGUUUUUCGCCUAGCCGAUUCUAUCUACUUUAUAGUGGAAAUAUUAAUUAUGUGGUUGUAGUAUAUUGACAGCUGUGAUGGAGGCAACACUUACAGUGAAAUAUUUUUUGAGCUUGUACAUUUUAAUCGGUGAUGAGCAUUGCACGAAUAAACAUUGUCAUAUUCAGUAAAUGUAUUAUUUUCCUUGAAUGUUGUAGGAAAUGGAAAGAAUUUUAUUGACAAUUUUCCUAUGCGUUGUACAGUUUCCCGCCGAAUUUUUCUUUCUCGCAGAGAAAGUGAUUUCAAUGUCUAUAUACAUAGCUGGACUAACCUAUGAAUGAAUACGUGUAUAUGUUAUUCAUGCAUAAUAAAUUUAUGCUGGCUUCGUUA